CUCCACUUCUGCAUCUGAGAGGAGGAAGAGGAGAGACGAGCUCCGACUUCCUGUGUGCGCGAGAGAUCUCCGCCUGGCCGCCUCUCUCCGGGAGGCUCGUGCGCGGCUCUGCGGACCGGGAGAGGAGGGCAGCCUUCUGUGUGUGUGUGUGUGUGUGUCGCCUCGGAGAGAGACGCCCGGCAGCCCCCGUGCACCACCAACACCAGCGGCCAUACAUGUGGAUUAUUUUUGGGGUCAAACCCGUUCCUGCUCCCCCCCCCCCCCCCUCCGCUCCUCUCUCUCCUCUUCAACACCUCCGGACUGCUCCUCCGAGCGGCGGCCGCCUCCACAGCAGCGUUUUCCCCGCAGAUAGCGUGAGCGGAGCCGGGGAGAGGGGGGGGGGGUGCAAAAGGGGGUUUGCUCACCCGCCGGCCUUCGUCACCAUCACCCGCCGAGAAGCCGCUACGACUUCCCCGCAGGGAGGGAGGGAGGAGGAGGGGGUGGAGAGAGAGAGAGAGAGAGAGAGAGAGAGAGAGAGAGAGACGUCCGGACGUAGCGCGUCGCGGCGCAGCAUCGCCCCGUGCAUGGUGCUGCGGUGCGGGAGGGAGUGGAGGAACCAGCCGGAGCAGCUGAUCCAGAGAUGGCUGUCCUCAAACUGGCCGAGCAGCCUCCUCUCAUCCAGGCGAUCUUCAGCGGAGACCCAGAAGAGAUCCGUAUACUCAUCUACAAGUCCGAAGACAUCAACGCUCUGGACGCGGAGAAGCGCACGCCGCUGCACGCAGCCGCCUUCCUGGGCGAUGCCGAGAUCACCGAGCUGCUCAUCCUCUCUGGGGCUCGGGUCAACGCCAAAGACAACAUGUGGCUCACCCCCCUGCAUCGCGCCGUGGCCUCUCGGAGCGAGGAGGCGGUGCGCGUCCUGAUCCGCCACUCGGCCGACGUGAACGCGCGGGACAAGAACUGGCAGACGCCGCUGCACGUCGCCGCCGCCAACAACGCGCUGCGCUGCGCGGAGGUCAUCAUCCCGCUGCUGAGCAGCGCCAACGUGUCGGACCGCGGCGGGCGCACCGCCCUGCACCACGCCGCCCUCAACGGCCACACGGAGAUGGUGAACCUCCUCCUCGCUAAAGGAGCCAACAUCAACGCCUUCGAUAAGAAAGAUGGCCGCGCGCUGCACUGGGCGGCUUUCAUGGGUCAUUUGGAUGUGGCGUGUCUGUUGGUGAGUCAGGGCGCCGAGAUCAGCUGCAAGGACAAACGGGGAUACACUCCCCUCCACACGGCGGCCUCCAGCGGGAAGAUCGCUGUCGUCAAACACCUGCUGAACCUGACGGUGGAGAUCGAUGAGUGCAACGCGUUCGGGAACACGGCGCUCCACGUGGCCUGUUUCAACGGCCAGGACGCCGUCGUCAGCGAGCUCAUCGACUACGGGGCGAACGUCGGCCAGGCCAACAACAAGGGCUUCACGCCGCUGCACUUCGCCGCCGCCUCCACGCACGGAGCGCUGUGCCUGGAGUUCCUGGUCAACAACGGGGCCGACGUCAACGUGCAGAGUCGUGACGGGAAGAGUCCUCUCCACAUGACGGCGGUUCACGGGCGCUUCACUCGCUCACAGACCCUCAUCCAGAAUGGCGGUGAGAUCGACAGCGUGGACAAGGACGGCAACACGCCGCUGCACAUCGCCGCCCGCUACGGCCACGAGCUCCUCAUCAACACGCUCAUCACCAGCGGCGCCGACUGCACCAGGCGAGGAGUCCACGACAUGUUCCCUCUCCACCUGGCGGCCUUGAACGCUCACUCAGACUGCUGCAGGAAGCUGCUGUCCUCAGGCUUCCAGAUAGACACCCCUGACAGCAUGGGGAGGACCUGCCUGCACGCCGCCGCCGCCGGAGGCAAUGUGGAGUGUGUGAAGCUGCUCCUGAGCAGCGGUGGAGACCACAACAGGAGGGAUAAGUGUGGCAGAACCCCCCUGCACUACGCGGCCGCCAGCCGCCACUACCCGUGCCUGGAGACCCUGGUGGCGUGCGGCACCGCCGUCAACGCCACGGACCAGUGGGGCCGCUCCGCCCUGCACUACGCCGCCGCCUCGGACCUGGACAGGAGGCGCCGCGUCGCUCUGGAGCCGGAGAGUGAAGGCGUUCAGGCGGAGAGGGAGAAGGAAGCCGCGCUAUGUUUGGAGUUCCUCCUUCAGAGCGGAGCCGCGGCCUCUCUGAAGGACAAGCAGGGCUACAGCCCGGUCCACUACGCUGCAGCCUACGGACACAGGCACUGCCUGGAGCUGCUGCUGGAUAAAGACGACGGUCACAAAGACGACCCCGAGUCUCGGAACGCUCGGAGCCCGCUGCACCUCGCCGCGUACCACGGCCACGCCCAGGCCCUGGAGGUGCUGCUGCAGGGGGAGAGGGAGGUGGACCAGGGGGACGAGGCGGGGCGGACCCCCCUGGCCCUGGCCGCCCUGCGGGGCCACGCCGACUGCGUUCACACCCUCCUCGGCCAGGGGGCGUCGCCGCGCUCCACCGACACCCAGUACGGACGCAACCCGGUCCACCUGGCAGUGAUGAACGGGCACACCACGUGCGUGCGCCUCCUGCUGGACGAUUCGGACAGUGCAGACCUGGUGGAUGCCGCUGACGCUCAGGGACAGACUCCUCUAAUGCUGGCGGUGGCGGGGGGCCACGUGGACGCCGUGUCGCUGCUGCUGGAGCGCGAGGCCAACGUGAACCUGGCGAGCUGCCACGGCCUCACGGCGCUGCACCUCGGGCUGCUGUGUGGUCAGGAGGAGUGCAUCCAGUGUCUGUUGGAGCAGGAGGCCUCGGUGUUGCUAGGCGACUCUCGGGGGCGGACCGCCAUCCACCUGGCCGCCGCCCGAGGCCACGCCUCCUGGCUGUGCGAGCUGCUGAGCAUCGCCUGCUCCGAGCCGCCGGCCCCGCCCCCGCUGAGGGACCACAGCGGGUACACGCCGCUGCACUGGGCCUGCUACUACGGUCAUGAGGGGUGUGUGGAGGUUCUCCUGGAGCAGAAGGGGUGUCGCUGCAUUGAUGGGAACCCGUUCACUCCUCUGCACUGUGCCGUGGCGAACGACCACGAGCCGUGUGCGUCGCUGCUGCUGGAGGCGAUGGGCUCGGACAUCGCCGGCUGCAAAGACGCCAAAGACCGGACUCCCCUUCACGCCGCGGCGUUCUCGGGUCACGUGGACUGCGUCCAGCUGCUCUUGUCCCAUGAUGCAGCGGUGGACUCUGUGGACCAAUCGGGUCGCGACGCUCUGAUGAUGGCGGCCGAGAAGGGCAGAGCCGGAGCUCUCGAGGUGCUGUUGACCAGCACCAGCUCCAACCUCAGCCUGACGGACAAAGACGGCAACACCGCCCUGCAUCUAGCGUGCAGUAAUGGAAAAGAAGACUGUGUGAUGUUGAUCCUGGAGAAGCUGUCGGAGACGUCGCUUAUAAAUGCCACAAAUACAGCGCUGCAAACUCCUCUCCACCUGGCGGCUCGUAGCGGUCUGAAGAAGGCGGUCCAGGAGCUGCUGUCCCGAGGAGCCAACGUUCAGACAGUGGAUGAGAACGGUCUGACGCCUGCUCUAGCUUGCGCUCCUAGCAGAGAAGUGGCUGACUGUCUGGCUCUCAUUCUGGCUACCAUGAUGCCUUUCUGCUCCCCUUGCAGCUCCGGGGCUCCCUCCCCAGGCUCCCUGCUGAGGCAGCUGCCCCACCAGGGGGGUAAAGUCCCGGGCACCGGCCCUCGGGGGCCCCGCAGCCCCAGGAACCCCUCCGGACCCUCCAGCGAGGGAACCACCGAGAACGACUCGGAGGACUCGGAAACCUUCUGACCCCCCCCCCCCCCGAACCGAUUCUCUACCCUCCUACCUCGAGCGCUGCACCUGAACCUAUCACCCUUUCCUCCCCUCCAGGACCGAUGCAGUGUUUUAGUCUGUAAAGUGCACUCUUGAGGGAGAAGGGUAGAGACUAGAGUGGCUGCAUCUGAUACAGCGUCGCCCCCCCCCCCCCCCCGUGCGACGCCCCCCCCCGCGACGCCAGGCUGAAGGCCAUACGGCGCUUUUUCAAUGAGUGCAGCACCGGACUGACUACCGCAGCCGAGUGAGUUGCUCCACGAAGAAGAAGAAGAAGAAGAAGAAGAAGAAGAAUCCGAUCUGGACCAGUUCUGGUCCGGGUCUGCAUGCUUGUGUUAACUUACACCACGGUUUGUUCCUUCUACUCACGGGUGCUUAAAUCCAAAUGGACCUCGGUACUUUAGUCUCUGGCAACUCGCCUCUGAGACUAGUCUUAAAAAAAAUAAUAAUAAUUAUGAAAAAAAAAAAGAAGCCAUUUUUAACCGUUUUGUACAAAAUGUAAUCGGCCAUUAAGACAGCCAGGUGUCAUUCUAACUUUUUUGUAAUUCUUUUUUUUAAUGAUCUUAGGCUUGUUGUACCAAAUAUUUGACUUCCACACGGUAAUAAUUAACCCACUGAUGAACAGGUACGCUUAUUUAAAAAAAAAAACGUUAACAAAAAACAACUGAAGCACGAAUUGUUGCUUUUUAAAAAGGGUUUUUCGACGAACUGUCGCUGGGAUGUGAAUAAGAUGUUUUAGUUUUAGUUUUAAAUAUUCAUCACAAAAAUGUUAAAUGCGACACAUUGUGGGUACAUCUCGAUUCCCUUAAAUGCAUUCAGGAAAAAAAGAUGCCAUUUCUACUGGCGGCAUUUUCUUAAGUAUUACUGUAAAUUAUCAUUCAAUAAGUCGAGUUAUCAUAAAAAAUAAAUAAAAAAAGUCUUAUAUUUAUAAAUCUCCACUUUUUCCCUCAAACAUUGAUGCUACUUAAUCAUUCCUACGAGUUGUGUCUCAAAUUAAAAAAAAAUAGUUAUAGCAGAAAUUUGAACUCGAGGAGCGAGGAAACCACCAAAUAAGGGAAUUGGGAUGGACCCAUGGAUUUUAAACAGAUGUUUUUAGAGCGGCCUCCUCCUCAAAGACCACCUUUCCGAAAGCUCUGUUCGGCCUCACUUCUGUCGUGGUAUUUAAUAUCUUAUUACAUGAUGGUACAAAUACUGCCAGCACUUAAAAAAAUGUAAAAAUAGCACAGGGCCUUGACCACUCCCUCCUCCCCUCUGUGUGUCCACCCACCAGCUAUGUGCCAUAGUCUCAAACGUGUCCAGUGCCUUGAUGUUGACGAUUCAAUGUCGUUCAUAACUAAAUCUUUUGUUCGUGGAAUCAGCUCACCUGAAUAACUGAACCCUUCAAGUGCAGGAACAUUUGUAACAUCCUCCAUUUCAUAAGAUAAGAAGUUCAUGUGACGCGACGGAAACAAAACGUUUCGUCGUGUUCUCGAUUUGUAUAAUACAGAAAAUAAAUCGGCGACUGUCUUAAGUACAUUUAAAGAAUUGUUUUAUGCAAAAAUAUCUUUGGGUUUUGGACACAAUCAAUUUUAAUACUUUAACUCUAAUAUUUCUUUUAAAUAUUUUGUAUUUGACAGGUUAAUAAAUAAUGAUCUCCAAACCUGGACAAACUACGUGCACCACGAGAAGCCAAAUUAUCCUCUUUAUUUGCAAUUUUGGGUGAAGUGAUUCUUAUAUGUCGAGCAUAAUGUGGGCGGUUAUGUUGCAUUGAGUGACAGUUUGGGAGGGAACUCUGCAUGAGGGACCCGUAUGCAGGCCUGGGUUUUGUUUUUGUUGUUGUUGUUAGUUUAUUUGGUGAAAUGAUGUCUCCCGCCACUGUUUUCUCUCCUUGAAGGCUGCCGAUAUUCUACAUUGUUCUCGUUGUCAACAAACCCCUGAAGAAGACCGUAUAACCAUCAAUGUGCGUUUAUUAAUCCGUUUAUUAAUACUUGAUUAAAAAGUCCCAAUUUAUAUUUAAAACAUAAAAGGGGUUAAAUAACUGGCUUCAACAGCUGGGAAUCGUUUUAUUUUAUUUAUUUUUUUAGUAAAAGCCACUCAAACGGUGGUAAAUCGUGUAUUUAUUGGGGACUAUUUUCAGCUGCGGAUGGAUCCACAUUUAAUACAAAAAGGGGCCCAGAGGACGAGAUAUGAGGCUUUUAUAAUACUUGGUCUAUUCGUGGGCUUUGUAGACCAAAAGAAAAUGAUAGAAUAUCUCCAGACUUGUUCUUUAAGUUAAUGUGUGUGUGUGUGUGUGUGUGUGUGUGAGAGUGUGUGUGAGAGUGUGUUAGCUUUAGGUACUGGUAUGAAAUUGAUUUUGUAUAUAAUGUUGACGUUGAGCACGUAAAGUUUUGUAUGAAGACUUUCGAGUGACGUCUCCGUUCUAAAGUUUGUAUUUGAGUUUUCUUGUGCAUAAAAAAUUAGCUUAUUUUAAAAUUGAGAACCCCGUUUUUUAAAUUUCUUUUAUAUAUCUGCGGUUGGAUUGAAACGUUGACUUAUGGAGGCCCAUAAAGCACACACAUGUUGUCGAGAAGCACAGCGUUUCUGUCUGCCAGUAUUAUUAUUAUUAUUAUUAUUAGGAAAAGGAGCUCCACCCGUCCUGACAAUCGCUAUGGUUACGUGUCUGAGGAUUUUCAUCCCAGUUCCUAAUGCAGUACGACGUGCUGAGGGCUGUUUGUCAGCUACCCUUUGUUUUAUAUAAAUUGUACAAUUAUAAAAAAACAAUUUGUUUGAA